AUGACAAACGCUGUAUGGCCUUUCAUGCAAUGGCACAAUGUCGGCGUGCCGGAAGCCAAAAGGCUAGUACAGCAAGUGACGAACAAAUACGAGAAGGAUUUCCAACAGAGCGUGCGGGACUUCAUCACAGGGGAAGGAGAGGACGACGUCAAGUUGCAGACCUACCUCAAAGCACAGGGACAGCAAAUCCCAGAAAAUGUUACUUGGAGUCUGCGAUGCCCACGGUAUCAUCCUGAGUUAUGUGAGGAGGCUGACAGGAGUUUACACAGCACGGUUAAGGGUCUUUCGAUUCCACCAAAAGAGGGACGAAGAGCCGUCCCAAGGCCCGACUUUUACUGUGCAUCCUAUAGGGCACACCAGGGUAGUGUGUCUGAUUAUUCAUCUAUGUGGUCUGCGGAGAAUACCCCUUCUUCAAGAUCCUCGGUGUCUUCUGCGUCAUCUAAUGACGAAAACCGGUGCGAGCUGAGGCCAGUGUCACUAGGAUUAGAGUAUAUACUAGGUCCCUCUGAUUACAUUAGCUCUUUGUCAUCCAAAGAUGUCACCAUGCCAAAUGGUUGA